AUGGCCCUCGGCAAGUACAACAUCGUCAACCCCGAUGACUCCAGCCCCCUUCCCGACUCCCAUCGCGUCACCGUUCGGUAUUAUUUGGAAUUUAUUCGGAUUUCGUCGCCCCAUGGGAAUGGCAUCCACUCCGCGGAUAGAGUGGAGUCUGCGAAGUUUGCUUUCACUGCGAUCGAGGUUGGGGAUUACUUGGCAUGCUUUUGGACGCCCGACCACAAGCCGCCGACCACGGUGACGCUCGAGUUCGACUUGAGGACCGGCGUCGCCGCCAAAGACUGGACAAGUAUUGCUAAGAAGGGGCACCUUGAUCGCGUGGAGCUGGAGUUGUUGCAACUGAGGGAUACUGUUCAGUCGAUCCAUGAUGAUAUGUUCUAUCUUCGUUUAAGUGAGGAAGCAAUGCAGGGAAUGACCAGAACGACAAAUUCUAGGAUGGCAUGGCUAAGUUUUCUUUCACUUGCUGUAUGUUUAUCAGUGGCGGGCUUGCAGUUAUGGCAUCUAAAAAGCUUCUUUGAGAGAAGGAAGCUGCUUUAAUCCUAUUUUGAUCACAUUAUGUACCAAUUCAUCAUUGUUGUAUCAGGUUGGGAAAUAGUCCUGAAGGAAUUUGUCUUCUUAAAAGUGGGCCUGAGAACUGCAUGCAUUUAACUUGCCGCA